AACAGGGAAGAUGGCUGCACUCACAUCUCUCACCCAGCUGUCAAGUGGGAACCCUGUGUACGAGAACUUUUAUAGACAGGUGGACCCAGGAAACACAGGGAGAGUAGGGCCCACGGAAGCUGCGUUGUUCCUGAAGAAAUCGGGUCUUCCUGAUGUCACUUUGGGAAAGAUCUGGGAUUUGGCAGACCCAGAUGGGAAAGGGUUCUUGGACAAACAGGGGUUCUAUGUAGCGUUGCGGUUGGUGGCCUGUGCGCAGGGUGGACAAGACGUCAGCCUCUCAAGUUUGAACCUCACUAUCCCUCCCCCCAAAUUUAAGGACACUAGCAGCCCAUCUCUCAGCACAUCAUCCGUCUCUAGUGAACCCCACUGGGCUGUGAGGCCUGAAGAAAAGGGUAAAUUCGACGGCAUAUUUGAAAGCCUUGCACCAGUCAGUGGACUCCUCUCUGGUGACAAAGUAAAACCAGUUCUAACCAACUCAAAACUACCUCUGGACGUGUUAGGAAAGGUUUGGGAUCUCAGUGACAUUGAUAAAGAUGGACAUCUGGAUCGAGAGGAGUUUGCGGUGGCCAUGCACCUGGUCUACCGGGCCUUGGAGAAGGAACCGGUCCCCUCUGUUCUCCCCUCGUCUCUCAUCCCUCCAAACAAGAGAAAGAAGUCAUUGGUGGGCUCCCUUCCUGGCAUGGUGCCCAUGUUGCCCGCCAGCCCCCCGCCCCCCAAGGACAGCCUGCGCUCCACCCCUUCCCACGGUAGCAUGAACUCCCUCAACAGCGCCGGCAGUCUCUCUCCCAAACAUUCUCUAAAAUCUGCACAGCACUCAGUGAACUGGGUAGUCCCGGUGACAGACAGAGGGCGCUUUGACGACAUCUUCCUGAAGACAGACUUGGAUGUAGAUGGCUUUGUCAGCGGCAUGGAAGUCAAGGACAUCUUCAUGCACUCGGGGCUGCCCCAGAAUCUACUGGCACACAUAUGGGCCCUGGCAGACACCAGGCAGAUGGGGAAGCUGACGCGAGAGCAGUUUUCUCUGGCCAUGCACUUCAUCCAGCAGAAAGUCAGCAAAGGCAUUGACCCUCCUCAGGCCCUGACCCCUGACAUGAUCCCCCCCUCAGAGAGGGGCACUCCCGUGCCAGUGUGUACCACUCCCUCCCAUAGUAUGUCUGGGUAUAUGACUCCCGUGGGCUCUGAGGUGGCUGCUCUGUCUGAGAUGAGGCGGGACAGCUCCAGUUCUGUGGGGUCAGGGUCAGAGUUCACUGGAAUCAAGGAGCUGGACGACAUCAGUCAAGAGAUCGCUCAGCUGCAGAGGGAGAAGUAUACAUUGGAGCAGGACAUCAGAGAGACAGAGGAGGCCAUCAGACACAAGUCCUCGGAGGUGCAGGAGAUGCAGAACGACCUGGACAGAGAGACGUGCAGCUUGCAGGAGCUGGAGGCCCAGAAGCAGGAGGCCCAGGAUAGGCUGGAAGAGAUGGACCAGCAGAAGGCCAAGCUGGAGGACAUGCUCAACGACGUCCGGAUCAAGUGCAAUGAGGAGUCCCAAAUGAUUUCAUCCCUGCAGAAUCAGAUCCACUCCCAGGAGACUGACCUGCAGAGCCAAGAAGAGGAGCUGAGUCGAGCCAAGGCAGACCUGAACCAGCUGCAGCUGGAGGAGAGCCAGCUGGAACAGAGCCUAACGGCUGGCAAGUUCCAACUGGAGACCAUCAUCAAGUCCCUCAAAGCCACCCAGGACGAGAUCAACCAGGCUCGCAGUAAGCUGUCUCAGAUCCACGACAGCCAGCAGGAGAUGAAUAAGAGCAUUGAGCAGUACAACAGCAACUUGAACGGGACUAACGGAGGCAGCAUGACCAACCUGGCUGACAUGAGCGAGGGAUUCCACGACCGUGAGAAUGGAGGUUUCGGAGCCAUGGAGGACCCGUUUAAGGUGAAGACAUCUGGGUUCUGUAGCGUCCCUCAGGAGAUGCACACAGACCCCUUCCACUCCGAAGACCCCUUCAAGACAGACCCGUUCAAAGGUGACCCCUUCCAAAACGACCCUUUUGCAAAGCAGCCAUCACUACCAGCGGCUGCAGAUCUCUCUCACCACCCAGACCCCUUUGGGGGGGACCCAUUCAAAGAGACGGACCCCUUCAAGGCUUCGUCGGAAGACUUCUUCAGGAAGACCACCGUCAAGGCAGACCCCUUCAGCACCCCCGACCCCUUCAGUAAAAGUGCCACGCUCCCCACCAAGACUAGCCACUUUACAACCAGCGCAGACCCUUUCAUAUCCAUUAGCCCAAAAUCCACCAGAGGCCCAGGACCAGAUCUCUUUGGCACGCUCGACCCCUUUGGAAGCAGUACUGCCUUUGGAAGCAGUAACAGCUCAUUUGGCAGUAACAGUGGGUUCGCAGACUUCAGCCAAAUGUCAAAGGUCAGAGACCCGAUGGAAGGAAGAGGAGGCUUUCCAGAAUACCAGCAGUCUGGGUUCGUGGACGACCCCUUCAGUAGGAAGCAGGACGGCCCAGCUCUGCCGCCCAAGAAGAGCAUUCCACCCAGACCCAAACCACCCAGUGGUAAAAGCACCCCCGUCAACAUGCCUGGAGGAGCGGGCGACUCGACCAAGCCCUGCGACCCCUUCCAGCCGUUCGGCAGUGACGUCAUCGACCCCUUUAGUGGCAAAGAUCCUUUUGCUCCAUCUGCCUCAAGUAAAGCCUCUAAAGACUGUUCCUUGGGUUUUGCAGACUUCAGUUCUUUUGGAAAUGAGGCCCAGCAACUGGAGUGGGCGAAGCGAGAGAGUGAGCGAGCGGAGCGGGAGCGGCUGAAGAGACUCCGGCAGCAGGAGCAAGAGGACUUAGAGCUGGCCAUCGCUCUCAGCAAGGCCGAGAUGUCCCACGGGUGACCUGGACUGGACACACACAGACACACAUACGUAGAGAUAUGCACACAUAGACAAACGCACACAUAGACAUACUCUUACUAGCGUUACUAGUUCAUAAACAUACGCAGACACUCACACACACACGCAUAACACAUUCGUAUACAACUCACAAACUGUACCCCACACACUGUGAAGGACCCAUAGCUGGCCAUUUCCCUCAGGGCCGAUGUGCCCAAGACAUGACCGCUUCCUCAACCACACACACACAGACAUACGCAUGCAGACACACACCACCGCUACAACACACAUACACACUCCACCUGAUACGCACACUCAGAUACACACACCUCGCCACACAUUCCCCAGACCGACAAACUCUCAAAGCAAAACAAUAGCAAAACAGAACUUUUGGGGUCGUCCUGGACCCUAUGUGGAAACGGAACUGGAUUUUACUUUACGGUGGGAGGUUGGAGUGGGGGGUGGGAGCCAGCAAUCACAAUCUCUCUUACUGUUUUUAAUUGAUAGGUGGGGAGGGGAACGGAUGAUGACCCAUGGUUUGUGAAGGAAGUGAUGCACUGUUUAAAUGCACUAUAGAGGCUGGCUUAACAUGUAAAGAUGAGCAGAAUAUGUGUCUGUCUGGUGAGGGAGCAUGGAUCCCCUCACUUGACCGACAAGAGCUCUGACAGAUGUGAAGAAGGGAAUAGUUAAAGGUUAUGGCGGGAUGCUUUUGAAGAUCGAAACAUUAUUUUAGUAUUGGUUUAUUAUGUGAAUGUGGUGAGCCAUGGGAGCAGUGCUGGGUGCUUCCCUGACUGGUUACUGCAAGUGUUGUGUGAGAGAGAGGUCUGCUUGGACCAGAACAAAUUGUACAGAUAUAUUUUCUUUCUCGCCGAGUGUGAGAUAGUAGAUGCAUUGUUUUUUACAAUAUUUCAGUGCUUCAGCGAACAUAGGGAGAAGGAAUGGAUACUUAGUUGUGCCUCUUCUGACAGUUUAAGUAAGUUCAAAAGGCUGUGAUUUACAUCAAACAACCACAAAAACGACUAGAUGAGGGAAAUUCUUUAAAGUUUUACUAUGUUUUAUUAUAGAGGGUUUAAUUGCAGAUUUGUACGAUUUUUAUUUAAUUUAAUUACGUAAUAAGUGUUAUUUUAUUAUUUUAUGUAGUAUUUGUUAAAGGACUGAAACAAUAUUGUUAAUUACAAUUCUAGUUGUAAGAGCUGCAAAUAUGGAUAAACCUGCAAGCACACCCUGCAGAGAGGUCAAAGAAAGUAAGAAAUGGCCUGUGGUUUUCUUCGGCUAACCAUCAAUGAUAUGCAAAUUCAUUAGGUCACGUGAGUUUCACAGCUAUAACGUGAAUAUUCAACGGUUUGCGGUACAGUGUGUCAUAGUUUGUUACAACUUUUAUUUUAUUUUAGCCGCAUUGUCUUUUACUUGAUUUUCUUGCUGAUGGUACUGCCACAUUAAACCUGUGGUUCUUACUUCACUUUCAAACUUAAAGGGCAAUUCCACCACUUUUCAAUCUCAUUUUCAUUAUCAACAGCGCAAUACCAGUGUCUACAUAUGUAAAAACGGCACUACAGAUGAAAUAAGUUAUGAUGAAC